AUGACACCAAAAGAUCUGAUUUUUGGUCGACAACGUCUUCAGUCAGCUGUCUGGGCAGCUGCUCUGAAAUACUUUCCCAACGAGUUCGGCUUUUUCGAAUUCGAAUUACUCAUCCAUGAAGCUUGUCGCCUUUCCCUGGUGCCGUUUGCGCUGGAGCCGCUAGAGUGGUCGUUGCUGUUUUCGUUGUCCUCACAGUCGUUCUUUGCUGCCUUCUCUCUCGUAACGUCUGCCAGAAGUGAAUUCUUCUCGAAAUCACGAAACUGGUUUGACGUAUACGUGAUGCUCACAUUCGUCGAUACCAAUCGGAGAAGACUCCCUCGUUCUAUAUCUUAUGACGAAGCGACGAAAUUCCUAGACAGAAAUGACAAUUUGAUACUUCCACAGACGGGAAAGGGGAAAUCGCGAAUAUCAUUGCGAAAGUGGUUUGCAACAAUGCGAAACAGAAGGAGUUGUUAUACAAUUGACGGCUAUCCGCAGGAAGAUCUGCAGUCAAAUGCGUCAUCCGACAACAAGUCUUUGAGGACGAUAUCGUCUGAUCAUUUGCUGCGCGAACGACUUGACAGCCCCGACUGCGCGCAGGAAAGUCGUCCAGAUAGUGAGUCAAGCCAGUCGUCGGCGGAAAAGAAGAACGAUGACGUCACGACUCCAUCACGUUCGUCGGAGAAAAAGAAGAAGUACUUUUCUGAGAGAGCGAAUAACAAAAAUAUCUUCAAGAAACUAAUACAUCCGUCCUACCACGAAAGGGCAGCGCAAUAUCGACGCCUAUUCGAGGCAAAAGUUGCUCCCGGGCCGGACGAGUUCCUUGCUUCGUUCUCAUGUGCAUAUCAACGAGAAAUCCUGUGUCAGGGUAGGAUGUACAUCUCACAGCGUCAUAUCUGCUUCUACGCGAACAUUUUCGGCUGGGAGACGAACCUUGUCCUACCAGUGUCUGAAGUUGCGGCGAUCACCAAGGAGAAAGCUGCAAAAAUUUUUCCAAAUUCGAUUCAGAUCGAAAUGAAAGACGAAACAAGACAUUUCUUCGCGUCAUUUGUAAACCGGGAGAAGUCACUGACAGUACUGCUGAAAGUUCUAGAAAAAGUCCAAACGGAAGAGCUAAUGUCUCCCGAAGAGCUGUGGGAAUACAUGAAUCCAGAGGAUGAUGAAAAGGCAUGGCGACGACGCUCCGGCAAGUCUAAGCCAGAAAACUCCAUGAAUACAAGCGAACCCAACACCCCCGAUAUGACACCUGCCUCACGUUCUCUCGGCGAAUUUCCUUCCAUAGUUGAAGCGUCGUCGCAAUCGUCGCUCGAACAGGAAGAUGUAAAUUGUCCAUGCGAUUCUCAUGCCGGGAAGCUACUUUUGGACAACGUCUAUCCAUUAAGUGUCGAGGAGAUCUACGAACUAUUGUUCACUGAUAGCCCAUGGUUUAAAAAGUUCAAUGACACAUUAAAAAACACUGUACAUUCGAAGGUAUCUGAAAACGUUUCUGGCUAUGUCGCAUCUGCGUGGACAACGGACAAGGAUGGAGUACGUUCGAGGACGUGUACCUAUACGAUGGCACUGAAUCACGCCAUGGCACCGAAAAGUUGUGUGGUCACUGAGAAACAGGUAAUCUCACAUUUCGGACGCAACGGAGAUGGUUUUAUAGUGAACAAAGAAACACAGAACUCUGGCAUACCGUACGCAAACGAUUUUACGAUCCAGUGCAUAUACUGCGUCUCCAAAGUCAGUGAUCACGAAGCAAGGAUCAAAGUUCACGGUGGUAUUGUCUACAAAAAGAACAUCUGGAGCGUUGUACGAGGUUAUAUCGAAAAGAGCACCUAUCAGGGUCUCGAUGACCACUAUAGCGCCUUGGAGGACACUUUACGGGAUGAGUGCGAAAGGAAGGCGAUGCGACCAGAAGCCCGACAGGAUCAUGUUGAUCGAUAUGAUGAAGAAAGCAUGUCUUCCGUCGAAGACCCAAUCACUGAGGCUCCGCGGAUACGAUCUCCUCCCGCUCGAUCAAGAGUGACCAAACGAGAUACUUCUGCAUCUCUUCCUACCAUAACCCCAACGUUAACCACGACUUCUACGGACUACGGUUUCUACAUAAAGAUUAUCAUAUGUCUCCUGGCUGGUUUGUUGUUUCUAAACACAUUGCUUCUGUUUCAUGUGAACAAAAUUGAAACUCAGGCGACAAUUAGCGAAGAUGUUGUGCAGGUUCUGCAGAGACUCGCUGACUAUGGCAAGCCGAACGAACAGACUGUUGCGCUGGAAAAUCUCCUUGAGAAGGUCAAUCAAUUGACCACCGAUUUGCAGAAGUUGAAGCAACAGAUCUCAUCUAAGCAAGAAUUGUAA